GGAAAAAUGGCUAACGCACUCGAGUCGCUCGAUGCCGCCAUCGCCAACCUUCUCGCCGACUGGUCCAUCCUCACCACGCUGCUCGCUCUCGUCAUCGCCGCCUUUCUCGCAUAUCCCAUUGUCUUCCCCGAUGAGCCCGACACCCAUCCUCUCUUGCUGGCUCGACAAGCCACUGCCAGUGCGGUCCGGAACAAGGGCGAGUCGGCCGUCUAUCGAUCGCCCGAAGUGCCGCAUGGCUACCCGCUCAAGACGGGCUUAAAUGUCAAAGAUGCUGGCGCUCCGAGAUGGGCUGCGGGCCGAGACGGAGAUGUGCGAGAUAUCUGGCGAGAAGUGCAACGAGGUGGGAGUGCCGGUCCAGACGGCGGCAAAGAGGUGCCCAAGGGACUCGUCAUGACUGUGUUGGGCCAGGAAGAAGUCGUCGAGCAUGACAUUGAUCAGUUGAGUCGGGAUAUGGCCAUUAUGGGCAAGCACUUCAAGGACGCGGGCGUCAAGAAGGUUGCCAUCUAUCUGCCCAAUAGUGUGGAGUAUCUCCAGACCAUCUUUGCUGCCGCCUUCUUCGGCAUCACACCCGUCCUGCUCCCGUACAACCUCCCACAUGCCAAAGUCUACGAGCUGCUGACGGCCACAGGGGCAGACGCCCUCGUCUCUGCUGCUGGCACUGUACCACUCCAAGACCUGACCAAGUCGUGUACGCAGCUUCGCCUCGUGACUUGGGUCGUGGAGAAGACGAGCAAACACAUGGACUGGAAUGGCGUGCCCGACCAUGCUCAAGAUCACCUCCAAAUCAGCGUCUGGCACAACGUCAUUUCAGAACAUCAAUCCUCUGCAAGCCCAGACCUCCCAAGCAACGAGGCUGGCGAGAAACUCGCAGACUUCAUCUUCGUCUGGCAACCCACCGACCCUAACCUCAAACCCGACAUCGUCACCCUCUCCCAAUCAAACAUCGUAGCAGCAACGGCCGCCCUCAUCUCAGCCGUACCCCUCCGCCAACGCCUCACAUCUGCCGAUCUCGUGCUCCCCGCCGACUCCUUUGGCCACAGCUACGUCCUCUGCCAAACCUUCGCCGCACUCUACACCCACGCCAGCCUUGCCAUCAGCAGCGUCGCUGCCCCAGGUGUCGACCUCACCCUUGUCCAAAAAGCGAUCGCCCCUACAGUCAUCAUCGCGAGCGCCGAGAGCCUCGCAAAACUCCACCACCAACACCUCGGUACUGUGAGCUCCGGCCUCCAAAAGUUCGGAAAGUACACCCAAGACCAAACCAUCGCCGCAGGUCGCUUACCCACCGAUGGAUUACUCUUCAAGUUCCUCGCUCCUCCAUCCAACGGAUCUGCUCAGCCCGGCAAACUCCGUCUCAUCUUCACAUCCGACCGCUGGAGUGCAGGCUCCCCUCCUCUCACCUCCACCAUGCUCUCCGACUUGCGCAUCUUCACCCGCAGUAGAAUCUGCUACGCCUUGACCGUCCCACACGUCGCCGGCGCAGUGGCCCAGACGAAUGUCUUUGAUUAUCGCCGCGUCGAUGGCAGCAGCCACGGACAUUUUGGCGUUCCAUUGAGUUGUGUUGAAGUCAAAUUGUUGAAUCGCGAAAAUGAUCAGAUGGUGAGCGGGAAUGAACCGAUGGGAAAAUUGAAAGUCAUCGGUCCGGCUGUGGCGAGUGGGAAGAAGUGCCAAGUGGAUUUGGAGGUCAAGGCGAAGAUUCGAGAGGAUGGGACGUUGGUUUAUGCGUGAGGUAGGUAGCUCACGUGUCCGGUCAGGUCACGUCAGGUCAGAUCAGAUCGGGAUGGGAGACAGACAGACAGAUGCCUAGAUAGGCAUCAUGGGAAGAGCUGGCCAACCAAGUUUGAGGUGCGUGGAUCAUUCUGCCUGCCUGCUUGCUUGUCGGCCUGCCUGCCUGCUUGUUUACGAUGGAAAGGAGAAGAUGGGAUAGAUAGAUUUCUCGAGAAUGAAAUGAAUGAUGAUGACGAGUUUUAUCU